CCUAAGCACGCGAUCACUAAAAAUGAAUCUAACCGACACGAAAAUACUAGUAGCGGUAUUAUUCGGUCUCUCGAGAGUUCUCUUCGGUUUACUCCCAAUAAAAUUAUGUCGGUUUCUUAAAAUCCCCAUCGGUGACGAUGAGAAAAAGUCGCGCCAACAAAAACUCCACUGUUGCCUUGCUUUAUUUCAAGCGUUCGGUGGCGGUGUGAUUUUUGCAACGUGUUUUCUACAUAUGAUGCCCGAAGUUUACGAAUCUACAGUUGAAUUGAAAAAGUAUGGAUACAUUCAGACACAUUAUCCAUUCUCGCAGUUAGUAGUAUCAAUUGGUUUCUUCCUCGUGUAUUUCAUCGAAGAAAUCGCGCAUUAUUUCGUCUCGCAAGUAACCGACGAGGAGAUAUGUCACAGAAAAAACAAAAACAAACCGAGUGCAACCACGCAGAGCGCGUUUAAAAUUACACAGGUUUCAGCGGCUUCGAAUAAAGUAACGCCUGAAGUACUCGAUUUGGAUAAAGAAGAAGAGUGUCAAGAUGAAGGUGUAGACUUACCGAGUCCAACUUCAAGCCCUGAUAACACCGAACCAGAUCCAGAGAGUCAGAAUAUCACCGACGAGAAACAAAACGAGACUGAAGAGCAGAUGAAAGUCGACGAAAUGGCAGACACAGAAGAAGUAUCACAAGUUGCCGAGCUCGACAAGCUGAUGAAAAGCAAAGCGUUGACGCACCAGCAAAUCAUUCGUGGAAUUUUAAUUGUUCUUGCAUUAUCCUUGCAUGGAUUUUUUGAAGGACUUGCAAUUGGUCUGCAGUCAUCUAUUGGAAACAUUUGGUACCUAUUUAUAGCCGUAUCGAUUCAUUCAGCGACGAUUCUCUUCGUGAUCAGUCUCGAGUUGAUUUUAGCGAAUGCAAAACUGAAGAUCAUCGUCAUACAUGUAUUGAUUCUUCCAUUGUGUCCUGUGGGUGUGUUGUUGGGUACCGCGGCGACCUUGGGUACGAAUACCGAGAGUAAAGUGAAGACGGUUGCGGUGGUGAUCCUUGAAGGGUUGUCGGCUGGUACGAUAACCUAUAUUACGUUCUUCGAGGUGUUAAAUCGCGAGAAAGCGCGAAGGGUUUAUCGACUGCGAAGGGCCGCGUCGAUUAUUUUGGGCUUUUGCUUGAUGGCAUGUCUAGAAUGCUUCGAAAUGUAUUAUUAGACGUGAUAUAAAUAGAUACUAGUUGAAAUGUGCAAAUAUUUUUAUAUUAACAUAAAAUGUAGGAAAAGUGAUCGUAUUUAAUCAAUAAAUAAUUAUUCAAGGA